AUGUUAAAACAUGGAAGAGCAGGGGUUCCAAUGGAAGUUAUGGGAUUAAUGUUGGGAGAAUUUGUUGAUGAAUUUACCAUUCAUGUAUUUGAUGUGUUUGCUAUGCCACAAUCAGGAACUGGUGUAUCUGUUGAAGCUGUUGAUGAUGUUUUUCAAACUAAAAUGAUGGAUAUGUUAAGACAAACAGGUAGAGAUCAAAUGGUUGUUGGAUGGUAUCAUUCCCAUCCUGGUUUUGGAUGUUGGUUAUCUUCAGUUGAUGUUAAUACUCAACAAUCAUUUGAACAAUUGAAUAAACGUGCAGUUGCUGUGGUUAUAGAUCCAAUUCAAUCAGUUAAAGGGAAAGUUGUAAUUGAUGCGUUUAGAACAAUUGAUACUACUACAUUAAUGAUGGGACAAGAACCUCGUCAAUCAACAUCUAAUGUUGGACAUUUGAAUAAACCUUCAAUUCAAGCAUUAAUUCAUGGAUUAAAUCGUCAUUAUUAUUCAUUAAAUAUUGAUUAUCAUAAAACAUCAUAUGAAACUAAUAUGUUAUUGAAUUUACAUAAAAAGAAUUGGCAAUCAGGAUUAAAAUUAAUUGAUUAUGAUCAUAAAGAAUGUGAAAAUUUACAAAAUACUCAACAAAUGGUUAAAAUUGCUAAAUUAUAUCAUCAACGAGUUCAAGAAGAAAAAGAAUUAACUGAAGAUCAAUUAAAAACAAGAUAUGUUGGUAAACAAGAUCCAAAGAAACAUUUAUCAAUUCCUUCUUCCUCUUUCUUACAUGCAAUGACCAAUCCAUUAUCGAAACGAAGAAAGCUCGAUUCAAAUACUACCGAGUCUUCUAUUAAUAGAAAAUUAUUAGAUUUUGAUUUUGAAAAGAUAUGUCUGAUAACUCUUAAUUCAAAUAAUAUUUAUUGUUGUUUAAAAUGUGGGAAAUUUUUCAAUGGUAGAUCAAUCUCAUCACCCGCCUAUAAUCAUUCAAUUGUUAACCCUGGUCAUUCUAUAUAUCUCAAUUUAAGUAGUCAUAAAGUAUAUGAAUUACCUGAAGAUAAACAAUGGGAUAAUGCCAAUAGUAUUCAAGAUAUAAUUGAAUAUUUGGAUCCGAAAUAUACAAAAAGAGAUAUUGAAUUAUUACCAAGAAUAUCGUUCGAUUUAAAUGAUAAGAAAUAUCUUGUUGGAUAUAUUGGAUUGAAUAAUAUAAAACAUAAUGAUUAUGCUAAUGUUGUUAUACAUUUAUUAGCUCAUAUUCAACCCAUUAGGGAUUUUUAUUUGUUGUUUGAUAAUAAUGAUAGCAUGGCAUCCCCAUUAAAUAAUAAAUUGAGUUUAUUGAUUAAGAAGGUUUGGUCACCUCAUCUAUUCAAGAGUCAUGUUGCUCCAUAUGAGUUUUUAAAUUGUGUAUCGGAGAUAUCGAAGAAGAAAUUUACAAUUGAUGGGAAAUCAAUUCUGCCCAAAAUGUUUCUAACUUGGUUGUUAAAUUCAUUACAUAGCCAAUUGAUUAAAAAGGAGAGGGCCAAAUCCAGUGAGUUAAGCGAUGCUUUACAAGGAAGAAUCAAGAUUUCAACCAUUCCUAUUGUCUCACAAGAAAUCGAUUCUCGAAUUGAAUAUACUACCAUUGAAAAUAAAGCAAAAGAGGUUAUACUGAAAUUUUGGAUGAAUAGUUAUCUACAUGUGGAUUUACAAGAUCUUUUACAGAAAUAUAAUGGAGUGAAACAAACUCAAGUUGGAUCAAAAGAAGUUAAAACUUAUACUCUUUUGGAUCCAUUACCACCAUAUUUAAUAAUUCUGUAUGAAAAGUCAGAUGAUAAGAGAUCUUGUGUAGUCAAAUUCAACCCUGAUAGUUUGGAUAUGGGAAGGUAUUUAUAUCCAGUGAAGGAUGACAUCAAAUAUAGACUUGUAUCUACAAUUAAGAAAGAUGAUUCUAAUUGGGCAAUUUCACUUCGAAUGAAUAAUGAUUCAUGGGUGUCUAUAAAGGAUUUGGAAGUAAAAUCUCAAAGUCAAGAAUUAUUAUUCUUAGAUGAUAAUUAUAUACAAGUAUGGCAAAUGAUAUAA